AUGAAAAAGAAGGACUCUCUGUCAUUUUCGGUUUUAAAGAAAUUUCACAAGUACCUGUACGGAAGACGAUUUACAAUCGUCACAGACCACAAGCCGCUGUUAGGCAUAUUCGGUGACACCAAACCUGCAAGCCCCAUGGCCUCUGCACGGUUAGCCAGGUGGCACAUGAUCCUCUCAGCCUACGACUAUGACAUCAUAUACAAGGAAGGUAAACAGCACCAGAAUGCAGACGCCCUUUCACGCCUACCCUUGACAGAUGAUCAAACAGUGUGGUCGCAUCAGAGUCUUGCAGAGCUGGAUGAGCAGCCUCCAGUUCAAAUCAACAUGCUGGAUAUUGACACAAGGCCAGUUGAAGCCGAUGAAGUCAGAAGAAUCACCAAAAGGGAUCCUGUUCUCGCAAGAGUAACAGCCUAUGUGAUGAAUGGAUGGCCAAACCCCAAGAACGUUCCACCAGAGCUCAAAGCCUUUGCGCAGAAGAAGGAGGAACUCUCGAUUGAGGAUGACAUCAUAUUAUGGGGGCAUAGAGUGGUCAUUCCAGACAACAAGCAGAUGAGACAAAGGAUCCUUGAUGAACUUCAUGGGACUCAUCCAGGCAUAGUCAAGAUGAAAGCACUUGCACGAUCCUUUGUAUGGUGGCCAGGCAUCGACAAAAUGUUGGAAGAGAAGGUGAAGACCUGUACAACUUGUCAGGAGCACCAGCGAAGCCCACCACCUGCCCCUAUCCACCCAUGGGAGUUCCCAGAACGUCCCUGGAGUAGGAUCCACAUCGAUUACGCCUACAUCGAUAACCAGAACGUGCUGAUUGUUGUUGACGCAUACACCAAGUGGAUUGAAGCUAUUAGAGUAGCACACGCCACUGCAGCUGCUACAGUCACUGCCAUGCGACGCCUGUUUGCAACGUAUGGUAUUCCAGAAACAGUCGUAAGUGACAACGGCACCCAGUUUGUCUCUGAAGACUUUUCGAACUUCCUGUUUAACAACAAUGUAGAACAUGUGCAAACAGCCCCAAAACACCCUCCAGCAAUGGCCUUGCGGAAAGGGCUGUGCAAACCUUGA